AUGUCGCUCAGGCAGAGGCUACCGCGCUAUGGCGCCCGCCUGCUGCGCGGCCUGGCGGCGGCGGAGCAGGGGGCCCUGCCCCGGGCAGCCGCGCUGCAGGGCGGGCGCGCACUGAGCAGCCUCGCGGCGCGUAGGGCGGGCGUGGCCAGCGGCGCCGCGCUGCCACGCACGCAGCACAGCGCGCUGCUCAGCCUGCAGGCGCUGCUGCACGGCUCGGCGCCGCUGGCCGACCUGCCGGCCUACCAGGAGAUGGCGAUGCCGGCCCUGAGCCCCACCAUGAACAGCGGCAGCAUCGUCACUUGGAAGAAGAAAGAAGGGGACUCGGUGGCACCCGGGGACAUACUGUGCGAGGUUGAGACGGACAAGGCCACCAUUGAGUGGGAGGCGCAGGAGGAGGGCUUCAUCGCCAAGAUCCUGAUGCCGGAGGGAUCAAAGGACAUCCCAGUGGGCUCCGCGGUGGCGCUGCUGGUGGAGGAGGAAAGCGACGUGGCCGCCUUCAAGGACUAUGCCCCCGGCGCCGCGGCCGGCGGCGGCGGCGGCGGAGGAGCGCCCGCCGCGGCUCCGGCCCCGGCUGCGGCCCCCGCCGGCGGCGGCGGCGGCGGCGGUGCCUCCUUCCCGGCCCACACCCUGCUGGCCAUGCCCUCGCUGAGCCCCACCAUGAACAGCGGCAGCAUCAUUGCGUAUAAGAAGAAGGAGGGGGAUGAGGUGGCAGCGGGGGACAUCCUGGCGGAGGUGGAGACGGACAAGGCCACCAUCGAGUGGGAGUCCCAGGACGACGGCUGGGUGGCCAAGAUCCUGGUGGCGGAGGGCAGCACCGGCGUGGAGGUGGGCACGCCCGUGCUGGUCAUCGCUGACAGCGCAGACGCGGUGGCCGCCUUUGCCGGCUUCACGCCUGCAGACGCAGGCGGCGCCCCCGCAGCCGCGGCCCCCGCGGCCGCCGCCGCGCCGCCGCCGGCCCCGGCAGCGGCGCCGGCGGCUCCCGCGGCGCAUGCGGCACCUGCGCCGAAGCGUGCGGCGCCGGCGGCGGCGGCAGUCGCCCCCGGCGGCCGCGUCGUGGCCAGCCCCCUGGCCAAGCGGCUGGCUGCCGAGGCGGGGAUCAGCCUGGCGGGCGCCGCGGGCAGCGGCCCCGGCGGCCGCCUGGUGGCAGCAGACGUGCAGCAGCUGAUCGCUUCGGGCGGCGCGGCCCCGGCGGGUGCGGCGGCUGGCCCCGAGGCUGCCGCCGCCUACGCCUCCUUCACAGACAUUCCCAACACCCAGAUCCGAAAGGUCACCGCGCGGCGUCUGCUGGAGAGCAAGCAGCAGAUCCCGCACUACUACCUCACCAUCUCCGCCCGUGUGGACGCCCUGCAGCAGUUCAGGCAGCAGCUCAAUGCCACGCUGGCGGCCACAGACGGCGGCAAGCUGUCGCUGAACGACUUUGUAGUCAAGGCGUCUGCACUGGCGCUGCGCAAGGUGCCGGAGGUGAAUGCCAGCUGGUUCCCGGAGUUCAUCAGACAGUACCAUUCCGUGGACUGCAGCGUGGCGGUACAGACGCCCAUCGGCCUGAUGGUGCCCAUUGUGAAGGAUGCCGACAAGAAGGGGCUGGCAGCCAUUGCGGCAGAGGUCAAAGAGCUUGCGGGUCGGGCCAAGGAGGGCAAGCUGCGGCCCGAGGAGUUCAGCGGCGGCACCUUCACCAUCUCCAACCUGGGCAUGUUUGGCAUCUCACAGUUUGCAGCCAUCGUCAACCCGCCGCAGGCCUGCAUCCUGGCUGUGGGUACGACCGAGAAGCGCGUGGUGCCUGCUGCGGGCGGGUUUGAGGAGGCCACCUACCUGACAUGCACGCUGAGCUGUGACCACAGGGUGGUGGAUGGCGCGGUGGGGGCGCAGUGGCUACAGGCCUUCAAGGCCUACCUCGAAAACCCCGCCUCCAUGCUACUCUAA